CCAUCCCAAUCAAACAACCAAAACCUGUUCUCAAGUCACCGAACAGAAUCUAUCUCUCAAUUCCUUGGAUUGUUCUUGACCACAUAUCUUUACUUCACAUUCUACGAAUACAACCGCCACAAUGUCGAAGGCUUUUGAUCCCGAGACCGCGGAGAACUUGGAGGAUAUGGAGAAGCAGUUUGCUGUCAAGGCCGUGGAGCACUUGAUGACAUACUGGGCGAUCCUCGAGAAGGUCCCCGGCUCGCAGCUCCGCCUGACCAAGAUGGACAACGAGAUUUACGAGUCCUUUAUGAAGGAGUUCCCCGACUUCGACCCCGCUGCGACGAUCGACGAGGACCAGAUGAAGAGCAAGGAGGGCAAGGAGAAGUGGCGCAACUGGAUGAAUCAGUACGAGAAGACGAUCGACGACUUCAACUUCGGCACUAUGCUCCGCUCCAACGCCAAAUUCGAGUACGACCAGGAUACGACCAUCUUCGCUAUGCGCAUGCAGUUCUACGCGAUCGAGAUCGCCAGAAACCGCGCUGGACUCAACGAUUGGAUCUACGAGAAGGCCCAAAAAAAGGCGAGCUCUUAGAAUCGCCACCUAGUCCCGAAACCUUCCUUGAUUAUCUAGAUUCCGCGCACGAAUGACGGAUCCAUCCCAGCUCCACAAAUCCUGCAUUUUGCUAUCGCCUACGGGAUUAGUGCAAUGACUCAAGUCCAUCACCGUCAACCUAACGGCCCGUUGACGGCCCCAUGGGUCUCUCGUUGCCGGUGUUGGCGUCGCUUGAAUGGCCUCGGCGAGAGCUGGGUUUCCUUUCAAAAGUGGCGGGAUUGGAAAUGGAUUCUCUUUCUUUUCUUGUCAAAAGGUGAAACGUCAUGUAUAUACAUUUGGAAUGAAGUAAUGAGUAGAAAUUCUGGUGGUUGAUUUGCCGCGCUAGCGGAGAACAAUAGCAACGACGGCUCAUUAUCUCAACAUUCUUAAUAUAACCGCUUUGGG